AUGCCUGUGAAGACUACCCUGCUGGUCCUGUAUGCCCUCCAACAACCCACAUCAAAUGAUUGCCAUGGGCUCCAGUCCUCAUGGUUAUCCAGUUUGUCCUGCUCAGUCUCUGACACCUGUGCUAAAGACUUAAAUCCUGACACAAUAAGCUACUAUGGCAACUACUAUGGAGGACUAAGCUAUGGCUAUGGCUGCAAAUAUGGUUAUACCUCUGGCUUUGGUGCCUUUAGAAUCCUGGACUGUGGCUACAGAUGUGGCUGUGGUGGGUUAUGA